AUGGCUUUGGUUAUGGAACCUAUAAGUAAAUGGACACCAAAGCAAGUGCUGGACUGGAUGAAAGGUCUGGACGACUGUCUCCAGCAGUACGUGAAGAGUUUCGAGCGAGAGCAGAUGGGGGGAGAGCAGCUGCUACACAUCACCCAUCAGGAGCUGGAGGAGCUGGGUGUCACCAGAAUAGGACAUCAGGAGCUCAUCCUGGAAGCUGUCGACCUGCUCUGUGCCCUGAACUAUGGCCUAGAGACGGAGAACCUCAGAACUUUGUCACACAAGCUGAAUGCUUCGGCGAAAAACCUCCAGAACUUCAUCCUGGGCCGGCGGAGGGGCGGGCACUACGACGGACGAGCUUCCCGGAGGCUACCCAACGACUUCCUCACCUCCGUGGUGGACCUGAUCGGUGCAGCCAAGAACCUGCUAGCCUGGCUCGACAGGUCUCCAUUUGCCAGUGUGACAGAGUAUUCGUUACUGAAGAACAACAUUGUGCAGCUCUGCUUAGAAUUAACCACCAUCGUACAACAGGAUUGCACUGUGUACGAGACAGAGAACAAGAUUCUCCAUGUGUGUAAGACCUUAGCGGGGAUAUGCGACCACAUCAUCUCACUGUCGUCAGACUCUCUGGUCUCUCAGUCUGCCCAUCUGGAAGUGGUCCACCUCACCAGCAUCAUGCCAAGUGAAGGCCUGGGGAUGUACAUCAAAUCGACGUAUGAUGGUCUCCACGUUAUCACAGGAACCACAGAGAAUUCUCCGGCAGACCUGUGUAAGAAGAUCCACGCAGGGGACGAGGUGAUCCAAGUCAAUCACCAGACAGUGGUGGGCUGGCAGCUGAAGAACCUGGUCAACGCUCUGAGAGAAGACCCGUGUGGAGUCAUUCUAACGCUGAAGAAAAGGCCCCAGAACACCCUGAGCUCCACGCCGGCUCUGCUCAGGAACGUGCGCUGGAAACCACUGGGCCUGCAGCCGGUCCCCACCAGCCCCACCAGCACCUCCCCGACACCCGUUGGAACUCUAGGCAUGUCCAAAAUGGACGCUCCCAGCAUGCAGGACGUCUACAUCCUCUCCCCCGUCUCUGGACUCUACAGCACCAGGGAUGAGAUGGGCUUGAUGUCCUGCGACGAGAUCAACCGCUACAGCGUUAGCUCCCAGUCCGGCUCCAAAGGUUCGGAGGCCGUCAGCUACUACCUGGACCAGGACAGUGGUCAGUACUUCUCCCUGCUGGAGGGAGACGGACCCCCGGGUUCUGACUAUGACAGGACCCGCAAUACGGGGGUUCGUAGGCGGGACAAGACCCCAACCCAUGGUGACCUCAGACCCGUUUCCAUGCCUCCCGAAUAUAACUGGAUGGCUGAACCCAAGGAACCCAGCAUGGGCAAGAGAGGGAGCCGAGAUUCAGACAACUCCCUGCUGCGUUACCUCAGCGACGACAAGAUCCUGGUGAUCGAGGAGGAGCCCGAGGGUCCGGGCAGAGAGAGUCGGAGGGAUUCCACCAGACGCUCUCGGCGCAAGAGCCGCAAUCCCAGCAGCCCUAGCUUUCCCAUCAGCCCCUCCAUGCUGUCCUCCACCCUGCGCCUAGACCAGCCACCCGAAGCUUUGCCCCGGGGUGCGGACACACUGCGAGCGGACACAAUAGACCGGUACUCCGGCUCAGGGAGCUCAGGAGCCGCCUCCAUGAGGAAGUCUUUCCAUUACACCUCUCUCAGAACGAAAACCAAAAAGAGAAGUAAAGGUUCCCUCUCUAGUGCCAGUAGAAGGAGAAUUUCCUGUAAGGACCUUGGCCACGGUGACUGCGAGGGCUGGCUGUGGAAGAAGAAGGACGCAAAAGGUUACUUCACCCAGAAGUGGAGGAAGUACUGGUUUAUCCUCAAGGAGUCCUGCCUCUACUGGUACACCAACCAAAAUGAUGAGAAGGCUGAGGGCUUCAUCAGCCUCCCUGAGUUCAGAAUAGACCGAGCCAUAGAGUGCAGACGGAAAUUUGCCUUCAAAGCCUGCCAUCCCAAAAUCAAGAGCUUCUUCUUCGCCACAGAUUGUCUUGAAGAAAUGAACAGGUGGAUGAACCGACUGGGGCUAGCUGCCAUCGGCUACACACCAGAUGACAAGGUGCCACGCCCAGAUGAAGACUACUGGAGUGAGAGCGAUCAAGACGAGGUCGAUGGCUCGAUGACGCUCAAACAGGAGGGACCCUCAUCCCUCUGUGACACAUAUCACCGCACGCCAUCAGUGAACUCCUCAAGCCCCUUCCCAGAGCCCAAGCACGGGCGGCACUUCUCCAGCGAGUCAACGCACUCCCACUCCUCGGCCGAGGACCAGCGUGGAGAUGGUAUGGGCAUGGGCACCGGCAGCACCAGCACCCACUCAUCAGGAUGCCGCUCCACCCACCGUGAGAGACGCUCCUGGCAGGACCUCAUCGAGACCCCUCUGACCAGCUCAGGGCUGCACUUCCUCCAGACGUCCCCGGGGGAGAAUGAUUACGGGGGCCUGAUGGGGAGCAUGGCAGGAGAUAUGGGACUGUACGGAGGGCUGGGCAGACAUGGCAUGUCCCCCGAGAGACGCAGACAGGCCACGCUGCCCGUACGGAGACACCACGCCGCAGAGAGGGACAGGGAGCGGGACGGGCCCUUCCCUCUGGAGCGAGGGCCACACACACACAGCCACACACACCGACGCUCUCACAAGCAGCGCAGCCAGAGUCUGCCCAGGAACAGAGACCCCAUGCCAGCUAAGCUGUUGCACACCCCGGCUCACAUGGAGGAGAGGAGCGAGGACGAGGAGGCAGAGGAGCAGGCUGCAGAUAUACUCGAGGCUGAGAACGACCUGCGGGAGUUGAGAGUUGAGAGCAGAGAGAGGAGGGUGUCUGAGGGAAGGGAGCGGCGGGUGUCAGAGUGCCGCGAGCCGGAGCCGUUGGAUGGGCUAGAGCAGCUGUACCGGGCCCUGGAGCAAGCCAACGUGACGGCCCUAGGGGACUCAAGACCCUGUAGCAGGCAGGAGUUUCGACGUUGUUUCACACAGAGAGCCAGGGACCCUCUGCUCAACGACAGGCUGCACCGGGUCCGAGCCCUCCGCAGCACCUUGAAGGCCAAAGAGUCGGAGCUGGCAGUAAUCUGUGCGCUACUGGAGGACCCUGGCCUGUGCUCCCAGACCUUCAGAGAGUGGAAGCAGUGGCACAGCGAUCUCUACUCAGACAUCUGCCAGCUCAGCCCCGGCGGCACCAACGGCCAGGACGACCUCUCCCCACUGGCCCCACCUCUUAUGACCCACACACACUCCUUUAUUGAGACACAUGUGUGAAAGAGAGAAGGGGAGCAAAGACUGAACUGAUACAUACACACACACACACACACACACACACACACACACACACACACACACACACACACACACACACACACACACACUCACACACUCACACAAACACACACAGAGCUUUACAUUGAGUCCUCUCUCCUGAUCAAGACUCUGAGCACGCACUCAC